CCAAGGGAUUAAAAACCUCCGCCCGUCUCCAAACGCUCGCUUCCCGGAAGAAAACCCCGGAGUGCUUCGUCGCCAAGGGAAGGCAAGGCAGGCAGAGCCUGUUGCCCGCCGCAUAUAACCAACGCAACGCAACGCACGCAGAGGAGCGCCAAGCCUGGAUUGGAAUCGAAUCGGGGGAAUACCAAAAAUCAAACCGCAACCAAUCCCCACCCCACCCCACCCUUCCCUCCCUCACUCGCCCGGGCGCAGGCGCGGGGCGCCGAACCCGCUCGCACCCCGCCGCCCAAUCCGAGGCGGCGCCGUCCUCGUGCGCGCUCCCUCUCGCGGUGGCCAUGACGGCGCAGGCGCUCGCGCCGCCGCCGCCGGAGCCGCGCCAGCUCAGCCUGGCCGACCUCCGGGCCGUCUCCGUGCUCGGCCGCGGCGCCAAGGGCGUCGUCUUCCACGUCGUGCCCGAGGGCGGCGGAGGCGGCGGAGACGUCGCCAUGGCGCUCAAGGCGGUCUCGCGGGAGGCCGCGCGCCACAAGAAGAGCGGCGGGAGCGGCGGGAGCGGCGGCGGCGGCGGCGCCGGGGACGGGCACCGGAGGAUCUGGUUCGAGCGCGACGUGCUGCUGGCCCUGCGCCACCCGCUCCUCCCCGCCCUCCGCGGCGUCCUCGCCACCGACGCCGUCGUCGGCUUCGCCAUCGACCGCUGCGGCGGCGGCGACCUCAACUCCCUCCGCCGCCGCCAGACCGAGAAGAUGUUCUCCGACUCCGUCAUACGGUUCUACGCGGCGGAGCUGGUGCUGGCUCUCGAGUACCUGCACAGCAUCGGCAUCGUCUACCGGGACCUCAAGCCGGAGAACGUCCUCAUACAGGACACCGGCCACAUCAUGCUCGUCGACUUCGACCUCUCCACGAGGCUCCCGAUCCUGCCGCCGGAGCAGGACGCCCCCAAACCGGCGCCCGUCCCCAGCUCGCCGUCCCCGAACACCCGGAAGCAGCCCAAGAAGCCGGCCAUGUGCUUCCGGUUCCGUUCGGGCGACGCCACGAAGCCGGCCGUGUCCGCGGACUCGCCGUCGCCGCCGUCCACCUCGCGGACGGCCUCCUCGUCCUCCACCUCCUCCACGACCACCACGGCCUCCUCCACGGUCUCCGGCGCGCGCACGCCGGCCAAGUCGAACUCGUUCGUGGGCACGGAGGACUACGUGGCGCCGGAGAUCAUCGCCGGGAGCGGGCACGACUUCAGCGUGGACUGGUGGGGCCUGGGCGUGGUACUCUACGAGAUGCUCUACGGGCGCACGCCGUUCCGGGGCCAGAACCGCAAGGAGACCUUCUACCGCGUGCUCACCAAGCAGCCGGAGCUGGUGGGCGAGAAGACGCCGCUGCGCGACCUCAUCGCCCGCCUCCUGGAGAAGGACCCGGCCAAGCGCGUCGGCGCGCGCGGCAUCAAGGCGCACCCCUUCUUCCACGGCGUCGACUGGGACCGCAUCCUCCGCGUGGCGCGCCCGCCCUACAUCCCCGCCCUGCCCCACGACGACGACGAUGCCGAGGUGCUCGACGUCGAGAAGGUCGUCCACGAGACGUUCGCGGCCAGCGACGUCGAGAACGCCGCCGCGGCGGCGGGGGACGAAAAGAAGGCUUUGCCGGAGACGGAGACGGGCGGGGGCGUCGGCGACGACGGUGAGCGGAGGAUGAUGGAUCCGUCGAAAGAUGGCGAUUUCUCCGUGUUUUUCUGAGUUUUUUUUUUAGAUUUUUAGUAGCACUUUGUCCUUCCCCGAAAAAUGGGCUUGGCCAGGUUUAUUUUGUUAAUACACGAUAUUUUCUUUUCUUUGGGAAAAUCGUAGUAGAGAACAGUACUAGCAUAAGGUGGGAUUUGGUGGAGAAAAGGAUGAGUACAUAAUUAAGGAGGUAAUCGUGUGCUUAGCGGAGCAGAGUACGUUUUGCUUCGCUUCUUGUCCACAUUUUUGGUGGAUACUUUACUUUACUUUGCCCCGUACAUACGAGGAUUGUUGAGGUGAUGGAGUACAUAAUGAAUAAUCAGCAGUUAAUAAUAUUAGGCAGAUGAGGGUCC